ACCGUGCGAGCGAGGAGGAACGGCGAGAGGGGGAGACCUAGCAGCAGCAGCAGCAGCAGCAGCGCGGUGCAAGCCCUCCUGCAAAGGACAGCGACAUACUUAAAUACAGAGCAGCAGGGCCUCCCCUUCCAGCCUCCCCCCCUUGGAGGAAUUACGGACCCCUUUGCAACGAGCUCCUGGGCUUUGACCUUCAGCAAACCGGACCCCCCCGCCUUCCCACUACGACCCUCCCCCUCCACCCCCGCACACUCCCCCUGGCUUGGGUUGGACCAGAAGCGGGGAAGGUUUGCAGCGCGCACGCACGCACAAGAUUCAGUUGUGUUUGGAUUUUUUGUGGCAUGGAAAAGCAGCAGCGAGUAGGGAUGCGAGGAGGCGAGCAGCGGCAAGAGGAGGCGGGGAAGUGCUGAGCUGCUCAGCUCUGCCUGCUGCCGCUUUGUGUGUGUCCCGGAUUUUUUUUUUUUUUUGGAAGGAGCCGGUGGCAGCGGCGCUGAGACGAGGAAGAGGGGGAAGCCUUUUCAUUCAUUUUUAUUCCGCAUUUGUAGGGUCUUCAGCCACCCGGACUUACUACUUGUUUUUGUGUUUUACUGUGGGGGAAGCUUGAAGGGGGGAAUCCCUUUGGAGCAGCCUCAGGUCUCUGCUUGGGGGAAUAAUCUCCAGUCUCGGGAAGCUGUAUUUCCUCCUCCCUCAUAAGAUUGUUUUGGAUUCCCCCCCCGCCCCCUUUCCCAUCCAGAAUUUUUUUUUUGCGUGUGUUUGCUGCGCCUGUGUGGUGUUUGAAAAUGGAGGCUGAAGAUACAGACUGCCAGCCCCAAUGUGCUUCAUGUUUGCGACUUCUGUGCACAUUGUAUCACUGCAGGCAGCGCUGAGGGGGAGUGUUGCUUCGCCCUUUCUGGGGGAGCCCCAGCCCAGCUUUUUCAUUGUUGUCUGUGGGUGGCUUCUCCGGAAGAACAGCAGCGAGGGAAAUAGAAACCUUUUGAUUUUCAAACCCAAAGGGGUGGUUUUUGUGUGUGCGUGUGGGAGGAGGAGGUAAUUUCCCCCUCUCCCUAGGUCUCCCCUCACUCUCCCAAUUUAUAGCUCUUUGUGAGUGGAGAGAGGAGAAAUUUGGACUUUUUUUUUUUUUGUGGAAAAGGGGAUUUUGUCCGUAAUUAAAAAUAAAAAGGAAUGAAGUCUGGCGCCGGAGGAGGGUCCCUGACCUUAUUCUGGGGGUUUCUGCUCUUCUUUGCCACACUUUGUCUGUGGCCAACAAAUGGAGAAAUUUGUGGGCCAGAUGACAUUCGCAAUGAUAUCCAUGAGCUGAAGCGCUUAGAGAACUGCACGGUAAUUGAGGGUUACCUCCAGAUUCUGCUGAUCUCCAAGGCAGAGGACUACCGCAACUUCCGCUUACCAAAGCUCACAGUUAUCACCGACUACUUGCUGCUGUUCCGCGUGACAGGCUUAGAGAGCCUCAGCGAUCUCUUUCCCAACCUCACAGUCAUUCGUGGGAGGAAUCUCUUCUACAACUAUGCCCUGGUUAUCUUUGAGAUGACUAACCUCAGAGAAAUUGGGCUUUACAGUCUGAGGAACAUCACCCGUGGGGCCAUCCGGAUCGAGAAAAACUCUGAUCUGUGUUACCUCUCCACGGUGGACUGGUCUCUGAUACUAGAUGCAGUGUCCAACAACUACAUAGUUGGAAAUAAACCUCCAAAGGAGUGCGGGGACUUGUGUCCAGGGACGAUGGAAGAGAAGCCAUUGUGUGAGAAGACCUCCAUUAACAAUGAGUACAACUACCGCUGCUGGACCACCAACCACUGCCAGAAAAUGUGCCCCAGCGCUUGUGGCAAGCGGGCUUGCACAGACCAAAAUGAAUGUUGCCAUCCCGAGUGCUUGGGGAGCUGCACUGUGCCCGACAACAACACGGCUUGUGUGGCCUGUCGCAACUACUACUAUGAAGGAAUUUGCGUACCCACCUGCCCACUGAACACCUACAAGUUUGAAGGCUGGCGCUGCGUUACAAAAGACUUCUGUUCCAAAGUCCCUGCUACAGAGAUGAGUGACUAUGAGAAGUUUGUGAUCCACAAUGACGAGUGCAUGGCAGAGUGCCCUUCUGGAUUCAUACGCAACGGGAGCCAAAGCAUGUUCUGCAGCCCCUGCGAAGGGCCUUGCCCAAAAAUCUGUGAGGAAGAGAAAACAAAGACCAUUGAUUCUGUCACAUCAGCACAGAUGUUGCAGGGAUGCACCGUCCUCAAGGGGAAUCUACUUAUUAACAUCCGCCGUGGGAACAAUAUUGCUUCUGAGCUGGAGAAUUUUAUGGGUCUGAUAGAAACAGUAACUGGGUAUGUGAAGAUCCGCCAUUCCCAUGCAUUAGUCUCCCUCUCUUUCUUGAAGAAUCUGCGAUAUAUUUUGGGAGAGGAACAGUUGGACGGGAAUUAUUCUUUCUAUGUGUUGGACAACCAGAAUCUGCAACAACUGUGGGACUGGAACCACCACAACCUGACGAUCAAAGAGGGGAAAAUGUACUUUGCGUUUAAUCCCAAACUGUGUGUGUCUGAGAUUUACCGCAUGGAGGAUGUGUCGGGAACCAAGGGACGGCAGAGUAAAGGAGAUAUAAAUCCAAGAAACAAUGGGGAGAGAGCCUCUUGCGAAAGCCACAUUCUGAAUUUUGUCUCCAACACCACCCUGAAGAACCGGAUUAAGCUCACCUGGGAGCGGUAUCGCCCUCCGGAUUACAGAGAUCUUAUUAGCUUCACUGUUUACUACAAAGAGGCACCAUUCAAGAAUGUGACAGAGUAUGAUGGGCAAGAUGCUUGUGGUUCUAAUAGCUGGAACAUGGUGGAUGUUGAUCUGCCCCCAAACAAAGAGAACAACCCUGGGAUUUUACUCCAGGGACUGAAACCUUGGACUCAAUAUGCUAUUUAUGUCAAGGCUGUUACUCUCACAAUGAUGGAGAAUCAUCACAUCCAUGGAGCAAAGAGUGAAAUAGUCUACAUACGCACCAAUGCUUCAGUACCAUCUAUCCCACUGGAUGUUAUUUCAGCAUCUAAUACCUCCUCUCAGUUAAUAGUGAAAUGGAAUCCACCCUCUCUCCCCAAUGGCAACCUGUCCUACUAUAUUGUACGGUGGCAGCAGCAGCCUCAGGACAGUUAUCUUUACCGACAUAACUACUGCUCCAAAGAUAAAGUCCCAAUUCGGAGAUAUGCUGAUGAGACCAUUGAUACAGAAGAAGCUACCGAACCCACCAAGCCAGAGGGGAGUGAGGGAGAAAAAGGACCUUGCUGUGCUUGCCCCAAGACAGAGGCAGAGAAGCAAGCUGAGAAGGAGGAGGCAGAGUACCGGAAAGUCUUUGAGGACUUCCUCCAUAACUCCAUCUUUGUGCCCAGACCGGACCGGAAGCGCAGGGAUUUGUUCCGAAUCGCAAACACCACCCUUUCCAGUAGGAACAAGAACACAACGGUUCCAGAUCACUUCGCCAAUGUGUCUGAUGUGGAGGAGAGCGAGAUGGAAUAUCCAUUCUAUGAGAGCAAAGUGGAGGGCCGGGAAAGGACGCUCAUCUCCCACCUCCAGCCUUUUACUCUUUACCGUAUUGAUAUUCACAGCUGCAACCAUGAAGCAGAGAAACUUGGGUGCAGUGCUUCCAACUUUGUCUUUGCAAGAACCAUGCCUGCAGAAGGAGCAGAUAACAUUCCAGGAACAGUAACGUGGGAAGGCAAAGAAGAUAAUGCCAUCUAUCUGAAGUGGUCAGAACCUGUAAACCCUAAUGGAUUGAUACUGAUGUAUGAAAUCAAAUAUGGGCAGCACGGAGAGGAGAAACGGGAAUGUGUUUCUAGACAGGAAUACAGGAAGUUUGGAGGAGCCAAACUAACUCAUCUAAACCCUGGAAACUAUUCUGCCAGAGUUCAGGCCACCUCUCUAGCUGGAAAUGGAUCAUGGACUGAACCAGUGUCUUUCUAUGUACAACCCAAACCGGCAGACUAUGGGAAUUUCCUGCACUUGAUAAUUGUGCUCCCCAUUGCGGUGCUGCUGGUCAUUGGAGGUUUACUAAUAAUGCUGUACGUCUUUAACAAAAAGAGGAACAGUGACCGACUAGGAAAUGGAGUGCUUUAUGCUUCUGUGAAUCCUGAGUACUUCAGUGCUUCUGAUGUGUAUGUUCCAGAUGAGUGGGAAGUGCCCCGUGAGAAGAUCACCAUGUGUCGAGAGCUUGGGCAGGGCUCCUUUGGAAUGGUUUACGAGGGAAUAGCUAAGGGAGUGGUGAAGGAUGAGCCAGAAACUAGAGUGGCCAUCAAAACUGUCAAUGAGUCUGCAAGCAUGCGUGAACGGAUAGAGUUCUUAAACGAGGCCUCAGUCAUGAAGGAAUUCAAUUGUCAUCAUGUGGUGCGGCUGCUUGGAGUCGUCUCUCAAGGCCAACCAACACUGGUUAUCAUGGAGCUCAUGACACGCGGGGAUCUCAAGAGUUAUCUGAGAUCUCUGCGGCCGGACACAGAGAAUAACCCAGGCCAGUCUCCUCCAACUCUGAAGAAGAUGAUUCAGAUGGCAGGAGAGAUUGCUGACGGCAUGGCAUACCUCAACGCCAACAAAUUUGUGCACAGGGAUCUCGCUGCAAGGAAUUGCAUGGUGGCUGAAGACUUCACUGUAAAAAUUGGAGAUUUUGGCAUGACCAGAGAUAUCUACGAGACAGAUUACUAUCGGAAAGGAGGGAAAGGUCUGCUUCCUGUGCGCUGGAUGUCCCCAGAGUCACUGAAGGAUGGAGUCUUCACAACACAUUCAGACGUCUGGUCCUUUGGUGUUGUCCUUUGGGAAAUUGCAACAUUAGCAGAGCAGCCAUACCAAGGCAUGUCCAAUGAGCAAGUUCUUCGCUUCGUGAUGGAGGGAGGCUUAUUGGAGAAACCGGACAACUGUCCUGAUAUGCUGUUUGAGUUGAUGCGGAUGUGCUGGCAGUACAACCCCAAGAUGAGGCCCUCCUUCUUGGAAAUAAUCGGUAGCAUUAAGGAUGAGCUGGAUCCAGCAUUCAAAGAGGUCUCCUUCUUCUACAGCGAAGAGAACAAGCCUCCAGACACCGAGGAACUCGAUCUGGAGACUGAAAACAUGGAGAGCAUUCCUUUAGAUCCCUCCUCCACCCUCCAACCCUCUGACAAGCACUCAGGACACAAAGCUGAGAAUGGCCCAGGCGUGGUGGUGCUGCGGGCCAGCUUUGAGGAGAGACAGCCGUACGCACAUAUGAACGGAGGGCGCAAGAACGAACGGGCCUUACCUUUGCCCCAGUCUUCGGCCUGCUGAUCCUUAAAACCCAGAAUCUCACAAACACACACAUGUUGGGGGAAGAAAGAAAGAAAAGAAAAUAUAUUCAAAAGCCUACUGUACCUCAGUGGAUCUUCAGAACUGCCGUAGCUGCACACGGGAGAAUCCUCUUUUCAGUAAACACAUUAGUUUUUUCAUUGUUCAAUAUGCAAGCAGGUGUUUAUUUCAGUAAAGGACUCUGUUCAAUGAGGCGCACAGUCAGCCUUUCAAAACUCUAAUGUUAACACUUAAUAGCAACAGAAAACUUGAGAUCUGAUGUCUCUUCUUUCUCUCUCUCUCUCUCUCUCUCUCUCUGCUUCAUAAUGGGAAACAUAUCUGCGUGCAAGUUCAACCAUACAGCACUUUUUUCAGAUCAAAGAAAUUGCAGGCCAGGUGGCUCCCCGUUAGCCCUUGAAACACCUGCUUAACACUGUAGGUCUUUAUAAAACCAGAAUUGGAAGGGGGAAAAAAAAAGAGACUGGAUUUUUAAUGUUACUCUGACCUUCUUAAGAACAUGUUAAAGAAUUAAAGAAGGGGCAUCAUUCGUCCAAGGUUGUGACCAUUUUCAGCGCUGCCAAAUUUUGCCAAAAAAUAAACAAAACUUUUUGGGGGUGAUGGUUUUGUUUCAUUGGGGGGGUGGGCUGGGAGGUUGUUUGUUUGUUUUUUGUAGGCUUGGAAGGAGCACAGUAAUCAACUGCUCCAUUUAAAAGAGAUACUGACCAAUACACUCCAUUCAAUCAUACACUGGUAUUUAAAAAAAAAUCAGAUUGUCUAGAUCUUUUUGUAAACUGGACAAAACGUGAUUUUUCUCGUGAUGGAGAGGAAAGGGGGGGCGGGGUUUAGAAACAGCCUUCCUUCCACCCGCCCUCCCCUACCAAGAAUUCUGGACAAAACUGGCAGUGGUGAGCCAAAUAUCACACACACAUUCUCUUCUCUCUCUCUCUCUCUCUCUCUCUCUCUCUCUCUCUCUAUAUAUAUAUAUAUAUAUAUAUAUAUAUAUAUAUUUCGUGCAAAAGUCGACGGCAAGCCAAAAACAGCAAACCAGCCUGAAAUGAACCAGAAGGAAUCUCCAUCGUUGCAGCCUGCCCUCCUUCUCAGGCUCGCAGGAAAACACGUGUCGAAACAAAAAUUGGAGAAGACAAAAAGCGGUAACGGAUUCAAGCAUAUGACGCUUUGUUGACCUUUUUUCUCUGUUAUUAAGACUUCUCAAAGGUCUUGCAGUUCUAUGUUAGACCAUGGAUCAUUUGCAUACACAUUGUCUUUUGUGUCACUUUUAUAACUUUUUUACGGUUCAAAUACUCAUCUAUAUGUCUGUACAGAAAAAAGCUGCUAUUUUUUUUGUUCUUUAUCUUUGUGGAUUUAAUCUAUGAAAACCUUCAGGUCUGCCCUCCUUCCCUUCCCCCUACUCCAACAAAUUUCUUAUGCUUUGUACUAUAGUGUGUAACUUUUACUUCCUUCUUCCUAGUAACUGAUCCCUGUAACAUGAUUUGCCAUGAACUGUUUAAUGCCUUUUUAUAAAUACAUUUCCUCCUUUUUUUCCCCCAUUAGUUGUUUUACAACAUCUUGGCUGUGUGGGAUACAGAGCUCUUGAAGGGACUCGGAGGAGAAGGGGUACACAGCCAGUAGCACUCCAGUGGUGCUGUGGUAGUGGUGGUUUUAACUCUAUCCUCCCUCCCUCUACCCAUGCAGCAUGCGAGUCUGUUACAGUGCAAGGCACGAUACAAACUCAGGUCAGAAAAAAAAGGUUACAUAUUGAGUCCAUUCUUGUUCAGUGUUCAUAUUCAUCCUUGUACAAGAGUCAGCCCCCCUCCUUCCCUGGCCUUUUGUUUUGGUUGUGACACAUGCAUAUAUAUAUAUAUUUUUUUAAUUGUUGGGUACAACAGCGGACACCAGGCGUUUGUGUCUCUGUUUUUUAAAAUGAAUAUUUCAACCCUUCCAUCCCAUGAACAACAGCUGUGUUUAGUCUACGUUGGUUGAACUGUCGGUGCCAGGCGUUUGGAUGUAGAUGGCCAUUCAACGCUCUGAUCUAGCAGAUCUCAGCUACUAGGCUGAGGCUGCACCUUGUUCAAGAUCCCCCGAUUUGCCAGGAGCCUCAAUGAUAGCAUGCUGUGGAGAUCAGGCAGGGAGGAUGAGUGGGCUCUCAAGUGGGCCGGGGCCACCAGAUUUGCUAGUAAACAAUUCAAUGCAGCAGCUAUGGAAACCCGUACAAAUACAAGCUUGUUGCUCAGACCAUAGACCAAACUUCAGCGAAAUAGUAGCUUGCUUGUUCGGCAGAGGAAGCUUUAUGAACGUGGAGGGCAAGGAGGCAGGGUUUAAGGAGGGUGUGGUGGGGCCAUGAUGCAAGUAUAAAACAGAGGAGCCAUAAUCGGUGCUCAUCUGAAGUUAGUUAUAGCAUCUAACCCCUUGUUUAGCACUGAUCCAACCAAAUGAUGGCAGUAAAGAGGUUGUUCUGGGAUGGAAAUGUUCAGUUUUUUUGAUUAAGAACAAAGAAUUGAAAUAUACUGAUUGCUCGUUGUGACUGGAGAUUUAAAAAAAAAAUGUUUGUAGUGCUUUUUGCUUGUGUAGUUUCUAGGUCCCACUAUCUUCUCUUGCCUCUGUCCCAUAGUUAUUUUUCCCUUUAAAGAAAAGAUGGAAAAAAAAGGUUAAUUAAGAAGGUAUUCUAUGUAGGAUUUUUUUAUUUAUUUUUGUGAUAUCAGUUUAAAUCACUGUAGAGAUGCCCCAUAAUACAUUUAAAUAAUGAGAUAAGGGUUUUCAAGUAUGACAGGGGGACAGUUUUUGAUUUUUUUCAAACAUUUAUCUACCUCACUCUUAUUUUUUUAUAUGUGUAUAUAUAAAAAAAAUACAUCUCACAUUUCUCAGCAGCCGAUAGAAAUGCCGUUGAUACUGGUAACUUGUCACUCACUCUACAAACCACAUACUCUAGGUUUUGGAGAGAAGCAGUAGCUACUUUUCCCAAAGGGUCACUUCAGAGAGUUGUUCUUAUGUUAUUUUAUAGCUGUUUGCCCGGGGAGGGGAGAGGAGACACACCUGAGAAUCGUUUGACUUAAGACCACCAUUCUUUAAGGCGUCUCAGAAGCUGUUAAAUGCACUGUCAUUGCAGUCAUAGCGCCGAAAACCAUUGUGUUCUGCUGAUUUGGGACGGAGCUGACCGCUGUAAGGGGAUUGAAUGAUAUUUGAUCAAAUUCAUUAUGGAAGCCAAUUGUUUACAAUAUUUGAAGGUCUAGGGUUGUUAAAAUGAAAUAAACGGCCUCUCUGUUAAUCCUUAAGAGUGGUCAAAGUCAUUCUUGCCAAUUUUUCUCAGAUGCCACAAGCACCAAAAGGACACUUGACUGAAUCAAUACCUAAAAAUAAAUGGGAGCAUACAGCAGUAGCAUUGCUUUCUUGACCAAAUCAAACAGGGCAAAAAAAGUCACAGGCUACCUGAUAACACUACAGUGAGUUUACAACUUGGGAUCUUUACAUUUGCUGCUUCUGUUUGGCGAGAGCCCUGAUUUCUCAAAACUAAACAUUAAAUGGGAAAUUUGAAUAUGCCAGUAGAAAUCCAGUCCCUCCCAGCCCCCUCGCUAUGCAUACUUCUUCACUCUGGAUUUUCUGAUGGACCAGCGGUCAAAUUCUGACUUCCCUCUGACAGUGCUUAACUGGUUUACAAGCAAACAGUACUAACAUAACACAAGCCUGCCAUUAACAUGAUGUAUACUGUUUCUCUUUUUCUGAUUCUGGCAGCUGUUCAUGCAGGUGUUAGUUGUGGUAUCUGAAUAAUGUGGCACUUGGCUACUUUGAGAUGUACAAGGCCUCUUGAAUAUACAGUGCUGCGGUUAAGUCUGACAGAGUUUGUCUUUGCAGGGAGUGUUUCUCCCUAACACCAGAAAAAACCAUUUCAGAUUUACUGGGUUUCCUUUUUUUUUUUUUUUUUAAUUUCCCUAAUUUGACAGUGACCUUUUGGUGUAGUGACUGCUCCUCUUUCUUGCACAUAUUGAUUUCCACAACUGGAGAUCCUCAGAUCUUUCAGCUGGCUAUGAGGGUUUUGUUAAAACUGUCCAAGUUAAUGGUUUUUUUUUUAAUUGUUAUGUAGGUGGUUACAAAAAAUAUUAGGAAAAAACACUAACAAUCUAGUACCCCAUCAUGAUAAACAUUUCAAAAGCACCUAAAUGAAAGGCAGUCAUGUGACUAAACAAAGUAUGCAUGUGUGAUGACAAAGUCAGCUCUCUUGGACCAAACCACCUUAACAAUACCGUUGUAUUCUCUGCUCACAAUUCUAGCCUAAUUCCAUAUUGGUUUCUACCGCAUUUUGUUGUGUUUUGUGCAUUCUGAAUAGCUUUAUCCACAUGGGUUUUUCAUGAAGACCUCCCUUUGACAGUAAAUAACAUUGUUUGUGCAUGUGAACAACGGUGAAUUUAUGGCUUGACAUUGGCAUAAAAUGGCGUGUAAUGCUUCCUUUUCCUGAGAGACCACUGGCUUGCUGGUAUGGAGAAUUUAGAACUUCAGCUGUGUUUGAAUAAAACUGUACUAAUCCCAUUUCUGAGCAUGAUUCCAAAAACAAAAACCCACCCAACCCUCAAAACAAGCGUUCUGACAAAUGGUACCAAGAUAUCAGUAACAAAUUGGCAUCACUAAGGGAGCAAGAAACUUUGAUUUAAGUAUUUGGGCCAUCCUUUUCCUCUGAUUUUUCUCAUUGUUAAAUCUUUCAGUGGUACAGAAGGUGGUUUGGUUGCAAAGGAAGGUGACUAUUGUAUAAAUACAGAAGCAUCAUAUGCUUGGUACUAAAUCUGAUAUUCUUUUUGUUGGGGUAAUAGACUAGAUACAGAAGCCAAGUAUGAUGCAUAACUUGAGGCCAGCAUAUGUUCUACCAAGCCUCUUUCUUGGUGUGAUGCCUCGGUUCUUUAAAACUGGUUCUAAGUGAUGUAUGACUCUAGAUUUGUUUGCACUGAUGCUCCUGUUGGUGUCAAUAAAAAGCCCAGUUUGCCCAGGAUGACUGGUCACCAGAUGGAACUGCUAUUAGAUCCUCUGGGAACUGCUGAGGGUUGUUAAGUACAAUCCAAGCCUACAUGAAUGACGCUCCUGUUGUUGGUAUACGUAUAUGUAUAUUUUAAAAACCCUUUUCAUUCCAGUAGUACAAGUAACACUUCCUUCUGUUACUCUUUUUAUUUUGUUUGUCAACAAUGUAUUUAAUCACUGGGCUAAGCAACAAUGGGGGAAAGUGCAAGAGAUCCACUCCUUAUUAACCAGUGAAAGCCAGAUAUUGCAGCUCCACUCUAAGUAGUUGAUGCAAACAAUAAUUAAGGGUGAUGCAGAUUAAACAUUAAUUGCCAGAGGUGCUGAAGAUACAGAACUGUGGGUAGUCAGGGGCUCAGCGAGUGCCUCGAUCCAGAAGACCGGUUGUUCUGAGUAAAGGCAUUUAUAUUACUUUUUGUGCUUUUAAGAAACUCAGCCAGGUGAGUUGGAAUUGAGAAUGGUAGUGUGGAGAGAUGAGAACAAAGGAUGUAAAAACAUAUUCACAAAGACACGAGGCUUGGCAGAAGUUUGCGAUAGUUCCAGAGCUUGGUAUGUGGGACAGCAUCGAGGCUCAGGCAUAAUCAUUCUAAUCAUUUGGUACUUGUAAAUAAACCUCUUAAUUUCCCAGCUGUGGAGGAAAAUUCAUUACCAGGAGGUUUACAGAGGUCAUUGGUCAAUAUGAAUUGCUGUGCAUCAGCUCUCAGUCCGUCUGUUUGCAAGUACCAUAUGACUAUCAAUAGUACGUGUGCAUGUGCGCGUGGUCACCUUUUUUUUGUAUGCAUUAUGUUGAUUAGUAAUCCAUUAGCAUUUUCAAUAGGGCUUUAAAGUCCAGUAGAUUACGGGUAGUCAGUUGACGGAGAUCUGGUUUACAAGAACUAAUUAAAUGUUUCAUUGCAUUUUGUAAGUACAUGGAAUAAUAAUACAUAGAAUAAUUUUAUAAAAUGUUUGUAGCUUAUAAAUGCCUAUAAAAUAAUUUAAAGGCACUUUUGUGUGUCUCUGUGUGUGUUUGUAUAUGAUCAGGUUUUUUUUGAUGGUACCAGUUUACUAGCUAGCUUUACAAUAUGCCAAAAAGGAUCAUUAACUUGUCCAACUCAUGGGUCAUCCCUUUUUCCCCAAGCUUUGUGUCCCGGUUACAGUAAAUGAGUAAAUAAAGAGGUUGGGAAAAUGUUCUGUAUCUUCAGUAUCCUGGUCUUCCAGAACCCUCUGGUUGGGGUGGGAUCAUCUUAACUGGUCAUUUCACUUUACUGUAUAGUGCAGUUAAUGGAUUGAAAGAACCUCAUUGGUUAUGGAAACAGAAUCGGUAUUGCUGCUAAGCAGUCUUAGUUGUGUUAUUCAGUACCGGCUUUUCUUGUUGCCAGGUGGGCUGAAGGAUGUGACUGCGUAAUAGCAUGAUGAAAGGCAGUUUUCAUAGUUGUUGAAUUAAAGAACACUACGUUUACAGAUUUCUUAUCACUUCAAAUGCAAUGGUUUUGUAUGCAGCCUAUACAAUUUAUGUGGAUAUCUGGCAUCAUUAGAGCUUUGUUGAGAUGAACAAGGAAGGGAUCCUAUUUAUUUAUAUUUAAAUAAGAAUACCGAAGAUCCUAUUUUUUUUUUUCCAGAUUAGACUGAACAUUUCCCCUCCCCUGCCUUUUGAAGGUUAUGGAUGGUUUAGAUGCCUUCGAGAAUUACCUUUCUGUUUUCUAAACCAGUGAGGUUUGAGUUGAAAGGAUUGGCCAGAGUUUGUCUACCUCUGGGACAAAAGCAAAACUAGAAAGCACUAUGGAACUGAUGCAUUUGCAAAUACAACAUUUACCAAGUUUUCUUGUUUAAAAAAGCUUUUU